GGAGCACUUUGCCUGUUGCACGGCGCCGAGAAGGCGGGCGGAAGUGCCCGUGCGAGGCGCCGCGGUUGUGAUGGCGCCGGAGAAGCCUUUGCGCCUGUUGGCCUGUGGAGAUGUAGAAGGAAAAUUUGGAGCUUUAUAUUCCAGAGUUCAAGCUGUUCAGAAGAAAAGUGGAGCAUUUGAUUUCCUUGUGUGUGUGGGAAACUUCUUUGGCUCUGCUCAAGAUUCAGAAUGGAAAGAUUAUCAAACAGGAGCAAAAAAAGCUCCUAUACAGACAUAUGUGUUGGGUGCCAAUAAUGAUGAAACAGUGCGUUGUUUUCCUGAUGUUAACGGAUGUGAACUAACUGAGAACAUCACUUAUCUAGGACGCAAAGGUGUCUUCAGUGGAGCUUCAGGACUUCAGAUUGCUUAUCUCAGUGGAGUUGAAUCGACAGGAGACCCAGUUCCUGCACAUUGUUUUAGUCCUAAGGAUGUGAUUGAUCUCAAGACUUCCUUGCAAUCCACCUCAAAAUUCAAAGGUGUGGACAUCUUGCUCACCUCUUGUUGGCCCAAGGGGGUAGAGAUCUUUGGCAACAGCCCAGGAGAUGUGAACUCUUUGAAAUGUGGUUCAGGGUUAGUAUCUUUACUGGCUGCAAGUUUGAAGCCCAGAUACCAUUUUGCUGGUCUUCAGAAAAUCAAUUAUGAAAGGCUUCCUUAUAGAAACCAUGCUGUUCUUCAAGAAACUGCACAACAUGUCAGCAGAUUCAUCGCCCUGGCCGAUGUUGGCAACACUGAUAAAAGAAAGUAUCUCUAUGCAUUCAGCAUUCUUCCAAUGAAUUCAAUGGAUCCUGCAGAACUCAUCAAGCAGCCCGAAGAUACCACCGAGAACCCAUACCGAAAGCCUGGGGAUGGAGAAGGUUUUGCAUAUCAGUUACCAGAUGCAAAGGAGGCGCCUGCUAGCCAAUUUUUUUUCGAUUUAAGCAACAAGCCUAAAGGAAAGAAACGAUCUAUGAAAGGAGAAGAGAGACGUCCACCUAAGCGGUCACCUUUCAAGUCCCCAUUGCCGACAGCUGCCUGCUGGUUUUGCCUUGCCAGCCCAGAGGUUGAGAAGCAUUUAGUGGUGACCAUUGGCACUCAUUGCUACCUUGCUCUUGCCAAAGGGGGCUUGUCACCUGAUCAUGUCCUUAUUUUGCCCAUUGGACACUAUCAGUCAAUGGUCGAGCUUGCUUCAGAAGCAGUGGAAGAAUUUGAACAGUACAAGUCUGUGCUGAAAAAAUUUUUCAAAGCCAAAGGGAAAAGGUGUGUGAUUUAUGAAAGAAAUUAUAAGAGUCAACACCUUCAGCUUCAGGUUAUUCCUGUACCCCAGACCUGUUGUGUUACUGAAGACAUUAAGGAAGCCUUCAUAAGUCAAGCAGAAGAACGUCACAUUGAGUUGUUAGAGAUACCAGAACAUUCAGCUCUCAAACAAAUAAUUCAGCCAGGGAUACCUUAUUUUUAUGUUGAGCUUGAUAAUGGAGAGAAACUCUUCCAUCGAAUUAGCAAAAACUUUCCCUUGCAGUUUGGAAGGGAGGUGCUGGCCAGUGAGGCCAUCCUUGGCAUGCCUGAGCGGGCAGACUGGAGAAGCUGCCAGACAGGACGGGAUGAAGAAAUUGCUGCAGUCCAAAACUUCCGUCAAGCCUUUGAGCCCUUUGAUUUUGCCCAGUCGGAUUGAGUAUCUGAAUGGAAGUGGGAAAGCUCUCUUGAAGAACAGCUUUCCUUUCAAGCUUCCUGUCAAGCCACAGAAAUUUUGCAGGGGUUGGAGUUCACUUUUCCUGCUGUCUAGGUCAUGAAGGAAUGCCUUUAAUUUGACCGGAACCAGUGCUUGCACUAAAGAUUAUUUAUUUAUGAAAUCUUGCUGCUCUACAGUUUGGGCCUCGUUUUGUCUGCAUUUAUUGGCCUGUGGCUUCCAGAAGGCCUUCAGAAGAGGUGCUCGCAAAAGAUUUUCUUUUGCAGCUGACCCCUCUGUUCCAGCCAGUGAGUUUAAGAGCUACGAAUCCUCCUAGAUUGGGGAAGUAGUUUAAAUCCUCUGAUAUUGGAGGUAGAUUUGAAGUGUGCAUCACACAGUACCCCAAUUUCUUGUGCUCUGGCAGUAAAUAACUGCUAUCCAGGUCAUGCACUAAAAGAGAAGAAUGCAAUCUUUGAAAGCAUUGGAAGCCUCAACCCCCUGCUAUAUAAAUAGAGGAGGUGGUGAGAAGCUAGUGCUGGUUGCAAGAUGAUUGUGCAAAGGGAAAAACAUGCACAGGCAAAGUGUGUUUUAGGAAAAUGAAAUCAGAUGUGCAGUGCAGAUAAGCAAUCACUGCUGACUCAAGCUUUCUGUUUAGCCUAAGUUUAGAUGUAAGGUGAUUGGGUUCUUAAAUACUAUAUAUAUUGAGAGAGAGAGAGAGAGACAUAAUGAAUCCUAAUGUCAAGCAAAAUACUGGCUUCUCUUUGAAGAAUGGUUAAAAUAUUUUAAUGGUUUGGUCAAAUGAAUAUUUUUAAUGAGAACGUUUCUUUUUAAUUAAUUGGUUUCACUGUUGGACUGUUCCUAACCUUCAGGCAAAAAGGGCCUAUAGGCAAUAUGGUCACAUUUCAAUUAAGAUAGAGGUUAAAAUGGUCUACUCACUGGUCUUCUCUGUUAUAAUAUAUGGCUACAAGACGUGGACUGUAGUGCUGAAAGAAACAUACAGGUAGUCCUCGAUUUGUAGCAGUUCAUUUAGUGACCGUUCCAAGUUACAACAGCAUUGAAAAAUGUGGCACAUGACCAUUUUUUACACUUAUGACCAUUGCAGCAUUCCCAUGGCCACGUGAUCCAAAUUUAGACACUUGGCAACUGACAUAUUUUUGACCGUUGCAUGUCAUAAAUGUGACCACUUGACGAGCAAAAUCAGUUGGGAAGCCAGAUUCAUGUUACUAACUUAGCACAACUGCAAUGAUCCACUCAACAGCCGUAACAAGAAAGGUUGUAAAAUGGGACAAAAUUCACCUCACAACUGUCUCACUUAGCAACAGUAAUUUUGGAUUUAGUUGUGGUCAUAAGUCGAGGCCUACCUAUAUUCAUAUUCCUUAGGCAGCCAAGGGGCCCAGCCAUUCACGACUGUAGAAAAUGAAGCUUGAAUGUCCAUUGGAAACAAGGAGGCUGAAACAAAACCCUUUGCACUCUGGGCACAUCCAUACCGAUGCCUUUGUGGAAAAGAUAAUACAGGUAGUCCUCGAUUUAUGACCACAAUUGAGCCCAAAAUUUCAGCUGUUAAGUGAGACAUUUAUUGAGUUUUGCCUCAUUUUAUGAUCAUUCUUGCCACAGUUUUAAGCGAAUCAUUGCAGUUGUUAAGUUAGUAACCCCAGUGUUAAGUGUAUCUGGCUUCCCCGUUGACUUUGCUUGUUAGAAGGUUGUAAAAAGUGAUCUCGCAGGACCUUGAGAUAUAGUAAUGGUCAUAAAUAUGAACCAGUUGCCAAGCAUCUGGAUUUAUGAGCCAGAUAUAAGCAAGGAGAUGCUACAGAGGUGGUAACUGAAAAAACUUUUUCAGUGCCAUUGUAACUUUGAACUCUUGAAAGUUGAGGAUAACCUGUAUUGGGCAAGGUGGACUUAAGAAAACCAAGGUCAGAGCAUUAGGUGACCAGAUGGAGUACAGAACAGGAAGUUACAGGGUUGUACCUCUAAUAAUUGUAUAAUGCAACAAAAAGCAGGACAGUUUGGAAAACAUCUAUCCAUAGAGUCACCAAAGGUCAGCUACAACUCACUGGGAUAUAAUAUAUAACAUCCUUCCAGGAACUUGAAGAAUGUUACCAUAUUUCUCCUUUCCUUGCCUUUUCCCAGGAUUAUUUAAUUCCAUCAAUCUUUCCUCAUAGUUUUGGGUCCCCAGUCAUUCUUGUUGCCCUUUGUAUUUUUUCCAGUUUAUUUGAAUUGUUACAGUGUGGUGCCUAAACCUGGACACAUUAUUCAAGAUGGGGUUCAAUAAGUGUAGAAUAAAAUUACUUUCUGUUCUUCAUUUGCAGAGGGGGGAAAAAACGGUGUAUGGUUUGUUGUAAUAAUAGUCUAAUAAUGUGGCAUUGUUAUAAAACCCUCAUAUCAAACCUCAUGUAUAUACCUGCAGCACACAGGGUGUGAUACAAGGGGGUAGACAGAUCCCACAAAUCAGGAAAUUGUCUGUUCAUGUUGAUGUUGUCAUACCAAAGGAGUAAAUUCUGUACAUGUUACAUCUUUUCAGUAUUCAAAUUAAUUAUUAUGUUCCACUUAAUCCCUCCUGGGUUAGUUUUGUGGACAAAUGUUUAUCCUUGGCAAUUUUCUGUCAGGAUAGUAUAAAGGUCUGACAGUAGCAGUUGGUUUAGCAGUAACUCAGUGUUUGCAGUGGAUUUAUACAUCACCCAAAAAAUAUUAUGCAGUAUUUUGCAUAGAAAUACUUCUAUGUGGAUGCAAGGGGAAACGUUCAGUUCUUUGCAACAUUUGCCACUGGAAUCAUAGCAAUACACACCCGCUUGAUGUUGGUGCACAAAAAUCUUACAAGGUGAAAAGGACAAGCAGUCACAUACACUAUUCUGAAUCCCAUUCUAAUCAAACCAUUAUGUGACAGGUUUUUUUU